AUGCUGGAUCUGAGAACAAUCAGAAAGGUGUUCUUCCUUCUGCCACUUCAAGCUGUGGUGUCUGAAGAGUGGAGAGCUGACAUUCCAACAGAAGUGACAGCGCAGAGGGGCUUGUGUGCCCGGAUUCCAUGCCACUACAGAUACCCAUCAAGUCUGGAAAAUGAACGGCGAACCGGAGUGUGGUUCAAUAAUGUGGAAUGGAAAGCAAAUUCUAUAGUCUUUCACUCUAGAGAUCAUGCAUAUGAGUCAUCAAAAUUCCAACAUCGAACUCAGCUGACUGGAGAUCUGUAUGACAGUGACUGCUCCCUGGUUAUAAACAACAUUGAAGAGGAAGAUAGAGGCCCUUAUUUUUUCAGAAUAGAAUUUACAAAUGAUCACAAUUUUGACUACCCAGUCAUACAGCUUCAUGUUUCUGAUUUCACAGAUAAAUCUUCGAUAUUUGCCACUGAAAUGGUUGCAGGAAAGCCUGUGAAAAUAACCUGCACCUUCAAAUCUACGUGUGAGAAAAUGACACCCACGUUAACCUGGGACACCCCCACUGAUGUUUCAGCUUCGAGCUCAAGCAGAAUGACUCAGUGGGGUGACACUCUGACAUAUACUUCAGUUCUGACCAUGAACCCAGCACCUAAACACCACGGGCAAAGUCUCACCUGCAGAGUCAGUUACCCAUCUGUUUCAUCGGAGCAGACCCUCACACUAACUGUGCGGUAUAAACCCAAGGAUGUGAAAAUCCUGUCCAGUGAUUCUGUGGUCAAGGGAUCACAGGUUACGUUACGAUGUGAGAGUGUCGGGAAUCCACCUGCAGACACCUACCAGUGGAAGAAGGUGUGUUCUGGGAUGGAGAUGAGACUCGAAGGGUUCAGACAUGAGCUUCAGAUCCGUAUUUCAGCCGAGGAUGAGUCCUGUGCCUAUUAUUGCAGAGCUGGGAAUGUAAUUGGAGAUCAGGAUUCUGAACCCAAACGCUUUAACGUCCAGUGUAAGUAUUCACAUUUUGAUAAAACCUUCACCUUCAUCUGA